GCUCCAGGUAAUGUUUGUUUAUAUUUAUAAUUUUUAAUAACAAAAAAUAGUUCAGAAGCUGAUAAGUAAACUAAAUAAGUUUAAUACUCAAAUAUAAAGAAAGGAAUUAUAAUGCACGAGGCGUAUCAAGUUUCUUCUUUGUUAAAACUUACGUAUCAAGUAGAAUCUAUCGCAGCUUAUGAUGAUAACCUGUUGGUUGGUACGAGACAGGGCCAUCUCUGCAUGUAUAAUUUGGUUCGUACAGAAGAUAAUUGCGAGGUACAAUUGAUGAGAUACCAUAAAUCUUUUAGCAAAAAGGCUGUACAGCAAUUAGAAGUAAUACCUGACCAUAAUUUGCUUAUAAGUUUAACAGACAAUUUAGUUCAAGUUCAUGACUUAAAUGCCAUUAACUUUACAACUAUUUAUCAAGUUCUGAAAAGCAAAGGAGCUACGUUCUUUGCCAUCAAUAUAAAGAAGCAAACUUCAAUGACUGGAGACAUAAGUGUUCUAGUACGCAUGGCAGCUGUUGUAAAGCGUAAAAUUCAGUUGUACUAUCUAAAAAACAACGAGUUUUUACAACUGAUGGAUGACAUAAAUUUGACAGAAAUUCCUCGGUCAAUGGUAUGGUGUCAGGAGUCCAUCUGUGUCGGGUAUCGCGGUGAAUAUGCUCUUCUAGAGUUGAAUGGAAAACAAACGGACUUAUUCCCUACAAGUAGUACUCGUUCGAAUGAGCCGUGCAUAAUUCGAGUAUCUGAUACUACCUUUGCUUUAUGUCGUGAGACUCAAACUGUACUGGUGAACGUUAUGGGUGAAACUGAACGUAAUAAAGCCCUUCGAUGGUCCGACGUGCCUGUAACAUUAGCGUGGGACGAACCAUAUGCCCUAGGAAUACUUACAGAUUGCAUAGAGGUUUUGACUUUAGAACCGAGUGGUUUGGUCCAGACCUUACCCGAUCUUUCCAAAGUUCGAUUUAUUGUAUCGGCAAAACAGGGAUUGUUAUAUGCCGCUUCUGUCAGUCAGAUUUGGUGUAUCCAGGCAGUGGAUGUGGCGAAACAAAGGAAAGUGUUGGUAGACGCCAAACAGUUCCAGUUAGCGUUGAAACUUACACAAAUAUCUAACGAAUCAGAGGAAGAAAAGAAGGAGAAAAUUCACCACAUUCAGACGCUUCUAGCUUACGAUUUAUUUCACAGAAAACAGUUCCACGAGAGCAUGAAGGAAUUUCUUAAGUUAGGCACAGACGCAUACGAUGUGAUUCGUUUAUUCCCUGACUUGCUACCUCAGCAGCAACAAGGCACGGAUUAUCCGGAACCUGUUCGAGAUUUGACUGAGAAAGAACUGGAGACUAGCCGACUUGCUCUUAUCGAUUAUUUGACUGAAAUGAGGCAUCGUUUACAAUCAUCGGAUACUCUGGCCAACAUUAAUGCUAGGGGAAACUUAAACGAAAGGGCUACUAGCAAAUCGACGAGUCACUUACUUCAAAUAAUUGACACGACUCUUCUAAAAUGUUACCUGCAGACAAACGAUGCUCUCGUUGCACCUCUUCUCCGUCUGAACCAUUGCCACUUGGUGGAGACCGAGAAGAUAUUGAAAAAGAUGGGCAAACACAAUGAACUAAUCAUUCUGUAUCAAACCAAGGGGCAACACAGACGGGCGCUUGAGCUCUUGCAGUCCGAAGGCAGUAUCGACAGGACCAUCGGGUAUUUGCAGCACUUGGGAUCGGAUAACAUGGGUUUGAUACUCGAAUUUGCUGAUUGGGUUCUUACGGAGUCACCAGAAGAAGGCUUAAAGAUUUUUACCGAAGACAUAGCGGAAGUCGAAGCCCUUCCCCGCCCUAGGGUCUUGGAUUUCCUCCUCAAAUCGCACAAAUCCGUAGUCAUACCAUAUUUGGAACACGUCGUACACACUUGGGAGGACUCCAACCCUCUGUUUCAUAACGCCUUGGUCCACCAAUACAGAGAAAAAAUUGUGACGGAGGGACCGGCAGUGGCCGAACACACGAGGAAAAAGUUGCUGCAGUUUCUAGAGAGCAGCAGACAAUAUACAGCCGAGAAUAUACUAAACAGUUUUCCGACAGACAGCCUGUUGGAAGAAAGGGCGAUUAUUUUGGGUAGAUUGGGUAAACACGAAGAGGCGCUUAACAUCUACGUGAGAGCCCUGGGUGACGUGGAAAAGGCGGAAACGUAUUGUAGAAAAGUGUACGACAAAGGAUUACAGGGAAGUCAAAAUGUGUACGCAUCGCUCAUAAAACUUAUUCUAGACCCGAACAGCUGCCAACUGACCCUCCCCGGUCUAGUGCUGUCUCCGAAAACCGCUCAGGCAGACCUCGAGUUGGCUCUGCAGUUGUUGGAGCAGCACGCGAGUCGGAUGAAUCCCUUGCAGGCUCUACAGAUCCUUCCAGACAGUGUUCCCGUGUCCAGGAUACACAAAUUUUUGUCCGUGGCGCUUUAUAAUGUCAUUCAAGACAGGCGCAGGGUACAACUGAUGAAGGGUCUACUGUACGCGGAGCAUUUGCAGUGCCAGGAGAUGAAACUGGCGUUGCAAAGUCAACACGUCCUUGUUACCGAGCUGAACGUUUGUCCCGUCUGCAAGAAGAGGUUUGGGAAUCAGAGCGCCCUUGUGAGGUAUCCAAAUGGAGAUGUGGUCCAUUACUCGUGUCAAGAGAAGAAGCUGAUAAAUUAAAUGAUAAAUUCCAAAUAAAAACAUCUACUAUGACUAGUAUUCCUUGGAAAGAAUAGAAAUAUUUAGAAAUGUAUGUAUUUAUGUUAGAUUUUGAAAAAUAAGAUUUAUGCGAUUUAAAAAAAUAUGCUGACAUAAUUUCUGAAACGUGAUUACUGAUUAUAUUUAACCAAAUAUAAUAUACUUUUUUUUUUGUAAAUAAAUAAA